AUGAACGGUGGUGCAGGUGACGGGCCCGAUCCAACCAAAUUACUCAAUCCAUGGCUGAAAGACCAUAUCCAAGUUGGAGAUUUCGGGGCUGAAGCCUAUCCACCUAUGAAACUUGGGAUGGAGGGAGAUACACCAUCUUUCCUGUGGCUUGUUCAGAAUGGGCUCAACCACCGAGACCGCAUUGACUGGGGUGGGUGGGGAGGCCGUUAUACUCGACCACAGGCUGAGGCGGAUUGGGAUGACGGGAUCGACAUCAAUCACUUCUACAAUGCGAGUGAUUUCGGAGUUUCGGGUGCAGCUGAAAAACAGUAUAGUGAUCAUAAGACGACGAUCUGGCGAUGGCGAGAUGCAGUCCAGGCCGAUUUUACGGCACGCAUGCAGUGGACUUUAACCGAUAGAUUCUCCGAGGCGGGACAUCCUCCUCUCGUGGAUAUAAAUAGCCACGUUGGGGUGGAUUCCCUGAUUCUCCAAGUCAAACCGGGUGAGACGCAUAUUCUGAAUGCUAGCGGCACAUACGACCCGGAUCACGCCCAUGCGGAGACCAGUGGUCUGGACUAUGUGUGGAUGCUCUACGGAGACGUUAACGGCUUUCAUUCCUUUGGGAUGGGGCCGAAAGUCAAAAUUGAAGCCAUAGAUGAAGACCCCGUGAGCCCACAACUGGCUGAUAAUGCAGCAGGCUUCUCUAGUCACAUUCGAGGUAGUAAAGUCCAGGUUCUGGUGCCACCGAUUGAGAGGAACCCCCAGACGGGACUGGUUACGCCAGACUUCCAGGUCGUGCUACAGGUCACCAACUCAGCAAGGCCAUAUCCAAUCCGAAGUCACAAGCGAGUCGUCUUUUCUUUAUGUGGAUCAUAG